AUGAAUAAGAGCGAUUGGAUUGUUCUAGCUCAAACCAUCAACACAAUCGCCUACAUUAUCACUAUCAUAGUCGGAGUUGGAGGAAACUUAUGGGUUUCUUGGAAGGUAGUUUUUUAAUGCUUCCCAACAUUUCAUGUACACAAAUACUUGUUUGUUUACAGGUCGGGAUAGUGUUCCUGUUCGAUAAAACGUCACUAGUUCCAAGAAAUAUCAUCAUUCUGAUCCUUCUAAUCUGCAUAGCUGAUCUACUGGUUCUCAUCCAUCUAAUCCUGUACGUCCACUUUCAAAUUCAUCAGCAGUGGAUAUUUGGUUCUGCUAUCUGCAAGGUUUGAUCUUUUACUGAAUUUAAUUUCGAACAAGAAAAUAAUUCAGUCUUUCUACUGUAUUGAAGUCGUCAACAAGCUACUGAUUCCACUGGCUCUGGUUCAGAUCAGUCGUGAAUCAUACGAAUCUGUGAGAAUGACUUCACACAAGUGCGUCAAAAAAGCUACAAAUCGCUGGAUAGCGCUCUUCUACUUCUACUCUGUUUUCGCCUUCCUGGCUGUUUCUGCGCUCACAGUAUGGUUUUCUGUGGUUUAUCAUUUAAAGUUCAUGUUCAGGUAUCCGUUCUGAUCUUCGCCGACACUCGUACUUACAAUAUACCAAGAAAAGGAAUAUUGAGAGAGGUCAUAGUCUGUAGCUUCCAUCCUCCCCAUCCCUACGGUUAAAAUAUUAACGGCCGAUCCCUAAAUUUAGUGAUUUUCAGCAAUUGUUUUCAAUAUCCUUGCGUUUGUUUUCGGAUACGUUUUCACGAGUGCUGCCUACGUGUAUUUCUACCUACGAGUUCCAAUGAUCCUAAAACGAAGAUAUUCAUCUAUUAAAACUACUACAGCGAGUAAGUUUCGAAUAAUUGUUAAUUUUUACGACUCAGUUGAUUCAGACAGUAACCGGAUCAAUUACGUGUCGAUUCUCAGAAUUAGAAGAACGGUGACUGCUUUCGUGAUAGUCUAUUUGACCUGUUGGACUCCCUACUGGAUCUUGUUCUGGCUUCUCUCUUUGUUUCCUAUAGUUUCGAGCUGGAUGGUGGUGAUUUCCACGUUCACUCAUCUACUUCCUUACAUAUCUUGUACCGCCUAUCCAGUGAUUCUGACUGCGAUCAACAAAGGAAUCCGCAGUGCGCAUUCAACUAUUAUAACGAGCCAAAAGAAAAAACUGAACACGAUCCGAGAAGGAGCUUACCAGGUAAAAACGUUCCAAUUCUUCUCGGGAGAAAAAUAGCUCGAUUCAGAUGAUAACGACGCAGCUGGGAUUCGUGCAAACGUGGUUACACGAUGAAGCACAACCCAAUCUCAUACGUCCCAGAUGGAGCUCAUCGGCAAGUGCUGGAGUUUCGAAAACGGAAGAGGAAGAAAUCACACAAAUAUUACUGUAG